AUGCUCAACUCAAAUAACUUAUGUGUAGCAAUCCUAGCCACGAUACUGCAGCUGGCUUGCCAUGGCGACACGCUGAAUGAUGGGUCGGUGGCGACAGGCAUUGGUGGCUCAGUGGUCGUCAGAUGUAGUGGCGGAUUCGUCCCCAGUGGCGAGUUAUCGGUAAGCAAAUGUAAUAUGUUUCUGAAUUAUUUAAAGGUGCACUGGCUAGGCCCUAGAAGUUUGUUGAUUUCAAUAAACGGAGAGAUUCUCUACAGCGGACACGGCAACAAAUACAGGAUCAACAAAGUACACGAAGGCAACUAUGAGCUGGUAGUUAAUGAUGUCAGUGAGAGUGACGCCGGUGAGUAUGAGUGCAAGUUCGUCAACAAGCAAGGAGUGACUGUGCACUCCAAGCGAGUCAGGCUUAACAUUAACGCUGUUGAACAAUGUGUUAAUAUAAAUUUUUCAAACAUAGCUCCACCCAAGAUUGUAACUCCAGAAAUUCAUGAAAUGAAAGUAUCCGAAGGCAGGUCGCUGACACUUUUUUGUAACUACUCCGGCUAUCCGGAACCAACGGUUACCUGGAAGUUCAGAGCUGAAAACAACCAAUUUAGCAGAAGCAUCGCCACGGAUCAGUCCCAGAUCAGUCUGUACAAUGUCACACUGAAAGAUGCAGGUCAGUACGAAUGCCACGCCGACAACGGGGAGCGUCCACCAGCGUUCAUCAGCUACACCAUCUCGGUCACCUCCGGCCCCCGCCUGCACACCCCCUACUCCCGCAUCUACCAGAAGAUCGGUCACCUCCUCCACAUUCAGUGCAUCGUCACGUGGAAACCUUCGGGUCGCUACUUUUGGGAGUUCCAGGAUCUAAAAAUAGUCACCGAUGACUCGAUAGGUGCUACUGGUAAUGAUGGUAAUAAUAAUGACGAUAAGAAUGUUAGUAUAACUCCCGGGAAAUAUGUGCUGUCUUCUAAAAUCCCAUCAUCAUCGCCACCAUCAUCUUCUUCAACAUCGUCGUCAUCAUCACAAUUGCAAUCCAAUGUCAAAUACGUGACGUCAAGUUACAGCAUCGACGAGCACACGACCAUGCUCGGACUCUUCAUUGACAAUCUAGCACUCUCCGACGCCGGCUUCUACAGAUGCAAGUUCCAAAAUGAGUACGGCCAGUCGCAGGAGGCCAUCGAAGGAAGUGAACGCCAUGCUGAACGAGGAUGUUGUACUCAAGUGUCACGUAAGGAGAAACAACGUGUCUGCCAUCUGGUGGAGCUGCUGAAUGGGCGACACCUGCUGAUACAUCGCGUCAGUUACGGCGACAGAGGCUACUACUCUUGCGUUUCUUAUGAUAACAAAUAUGAUACUACCGGUGAUAAUAAGGAUACAGAUGUAGGUGAUGGCAGAAAUGAUACUAGCGAUGUCGUUGAUUAUGAGGACGGUGACACGAAAGAGAAGUUUACUUGGUACCUGUCUAUUUUGGGUGGGUAUCUGUAA